AUGGAUGUUUCUUCAGUAGAAUUAGCUGUGCAGAUUGCACAAAAAAAAGGUCAUCAGCCAGUUUAUUCAACAGAAAUCAGAGACGGUGUUAUUUUAAAAGAAAAACAAAUACUUAUCGUUUCAACAAGAGGAUUAGAAAUUUUUAAUAAGGAAAAAGAUAAAGUAAAGUGGACAAAAAGCAUUCCAUGGAUAAGCGUACGCAAAGUUGGUUUCAAAACUAAAAAAGUUUUACUUUAUCUCGAUAAAGAUGUAUUGGCAACAAAAAUUUAUUCAAGAAAUCCAAAACAACUAUUCGGUGCUAUCUGCCAUGCGUUGUUACAAACACAGACAAUAAAAGAAUUACGAACAUCAGGAGUUUCGAAAUAUAAUUUUGGAAAUCAGCCUCAAUCGGGUAUUGGCAUAAUGAGUCGUCUACAACAGUUACUAAAAUUGCGUAAAAGAAAGCUGAAUUACAUAAAUGUUCAGCAAUUUCGGCAAAUGUUAAUUUUCAACGAAUCAACAUUAGAUUUUGGCGAAUUUCCAAAUCCAGAGCAUAUUAUUCAACUUGCUCUUGAUGUUUUACCUCUUUGUCAUAACUUUAAAUCAAUAAUUUUCCCUUACAUCGAAGAAUUCUCAAAUUUUCAGUUAUAUACAGAUUAUAUUCCUCAUUUGAAAUAUGCAGAAUUCCUAGAAUUCAACUGCAAGAAAUGUGACAAACUAAAGCAGUUUCUUGAUGAAUUUUCCAAAAAGAAAAAUGUAAUUUCCGGAAUUUCAAUUGUUGAUCAAGAAUUACCUAAUUCUUCAUUAGUAGCUUUAUCAAACUUCAUUGGUACAAAGAAAUUAACAACUCUAGGCCUUCACACAACCUUUUCUGCCGCAACAUUUGAUUUAAUCUCUGAAAAAUUCUUUACUCCACAAGUUUCAGAGUCAUUAGUUAGUCUAGAUCUAUCAAACACCCAAGGUCUCUCAUUAUCAUCUCUUGUUCCUCGUCUUCCGAAGUUAUUAAACCUAAAUUUGUCAAAUUGCGGACUCCAAGUUGAUGAAAUCCUGACAAUACUUAAUAAUUGGUCAUCAAUGAGUGGAAUGCGAGUUCUGGAUGUCAGUGGCAAUGCUUGUUCCUCACUUUUUGCGAAACAAUUUCCUUCAUCUUUGACAAAACUCAUUGCAAACAACGUUUCAUGGGGCAAUGGCUGUUUAGCUCAACUUAUAAGGAUAUUAUCCACAAGAACAGCCUACGGAAUCGAUGUUUCUCUCUCAAGAGCUAUGACGGAUUCAGAAGAUUUCGAUUUAGCUUUCCAAGAAAUGGAAAAUUCACUUUUCACGGGAAUUUUGACAUUCAUUUGGGACGAAAACCCAGUAGAUGCAAGACUUUUCGACUUCUUGUUGAGGUCAUCUGAUUUGAAAGCGGUUAGUUUUGGCGGUUGUUUCACUUCACUUGACCAAAAUGAACUUCAAAUGUUUUGUGAGUAUUUACAACUCGCUAGUAGUUUACAGAAAGUUUCUUUAGUCGGAACAGAACAGAGAUACAUCGGAGAAUAUGCUUCAAAUGUAAUCAGAAGUUGCAACAAAAACGUAAAAGUUUUGGACAUUUCUAACAACAGGAUUGGAAAAUCUGUUUAUUCUGUCAUUAAGAAUUUGUUCAUUACUAAUACAUCUAAUCUCGAAGUCAUCGAUUUCGAUGGUUCUUAUCCAGAAAACAGUCAAGAUUUGAUUGAUUUGUUAGAAACCGCAAAAUCUUCACAAUCAAAAUUGACGAUAAGUUUUCCAGUGAAUGAUUUCAAUUUCCUUAUCAACAAAGGAAAGAUGGAGACAGAAGUAUGUGACAAAUGUUUGUCGUUGUUCAAGAAACCACCGUCAUUUAAAGAUUACGAUCAAAAUGACUCUGAUUUCCCUGUUCCAAACCAUUCUCCUUUCUUUGAUCCAUUUUAUGUUUUUCGAUUAGAGAAAAACAACGGAUUUCCUCUGUUUAUUUCACGCGAAGAAAGUGAACUGAUGAAAAGAACUCCUCCAGAACUUUUCGUUAAAAAGAAUUCUACAAACAAACAUGUCACGAGAUUGGUAACAAAACCAAUGUUAUCUUUCAAACCUUCGCCACAGAAAAAUCAACAUUUGUCUAUGUCGAUGUUGAUUGAAAGUUCUGAAGAAGAAAGUGACAGUUUCAACACGGCUGAUCUACAAAUAAAGUUCUCUAUUAAUGAUAUAAUGCCUAAUCUAAAACGUGAAGAUCCAAACCAAAAGAAACCAAAUUCAAAAUUAAUCAAAAAACGUGUUGAAAAUAAAAAUUUGUCGGUUGAAACGAAAAAUUCUAUUGAUGAACCAAAAAGUGACAAAAAUGAACCAACUUUGCCAAAACCGCCAUCACCAAAAUCACCAAAAUUCGUGAAAGACCAAAAGAACGAUGAAGAAGAAAAUCUGACACUGUCAAGACGCGUCAAAUUGGUCCAAUCAACAGAUUUGAUCAACCAAAUGUCGGAAUACGGAUCAAGGAUUCCUACUCAUGCUUCUCAGUAUUCCUCUAGAAUUCCUUUAUCGUCAUCGUCAAAACGGUUUGUGAACUCAACUCCUGUUUACAAAACCGUCAAAUAUUCAGAGGAUUCUGAAGAAGAAGACGAAGAUGAUGACUCAGAAGGAAUGGCAACCAAUAAAACGACGAAUACAGCGAGAAUUCCUUUCGAAGGAACAUACGAAUAUUACAGUGAUGAUUCAUUCGAAGAAGAGGAGGAAGAAGACUUUUUCUCAACUCCUUCUUAUUCUGAUGAAUCCCAAACACAAGAAGAAGAUGAAAAACCAACAGUAACAAACACACAAACUAAGGAAUCAAGGUUCUCCGAAUCAGAUAUCAGUGGCGAUUAUUCUUAUUCGUAUUCAGAUGAUUACAAAUCUUAUUCUACUACAAAAAGUGAACUUAAAAGUGAAGUAAAAAGUGACAUAAGAAAUGGAACAAAUUCACCGAAAUUUGUAGAUAAGAAGAUUGAUUUGCCACCUCCUCUUCCACCAUCAGGAUAUCUGAGACCUGUUGUUGUUUCAAGAUUUGAUGAACAACCAAAGAAAACUGAUGAAAGACCAAUGCCAUUUACUCCACAGAACACAGUUACAGAAGAUGGAACAAAUACAAAUCAAAGAAGAGUCCGUCCACAAAGAGGUAUUCAACAGAACGACAAGACAUUUGGAUCAAGAAUUAGAAAUUCUAAAAUUUCUAAUGAAAAUUCCGCUCUCUCUUCGAGAAUUAACAACUCGACAUUCGGUUCUAGAGUUCGCAAGUCUAAUUUGAAUGAAGAAAACAACGAAAAACCACAGAGCAAAUUGUAUGGAAGUAGAUUGAAACAGAACUCUAUUUACGGAAGUCGUGUAAAACCUCCUCCAGCUCCUGUUGUUAAAAAUGUUUCAGAAACUGGAGAAUACACUUAUUCUUUAUCAGAUUAUUCUUCUGUUCAAAGACCGCCUCCUCUCCCUUCUCCUAAAUCAACAACAGUUGUCACUUCUACAUUAGGAUCCCCUCCUGUCAUCAAAAUGAGAAAUUUCAAGUAA